AUGGUUACUACUGGAUACAUUGUGGGUCCUGAGGAAUACAGACCGGUUGGAAGUAUCUGCUUACCCAGCUCCAGUAAGGAGCUCGUCUGGAGCUAUAUCAAGGGCUGCGUGGGAGUGGCCCUGCUCUGGAGGAAUUCUUACACGGUAUCGGGUCAACACGCAGUUCAAAAUUGGCUGCUUUGUUCCAACUGCCCGCUUUCUACUGCCUGUUUUAUUUUCAUGUCAGCUAUUUUUACUCAUUUAAAUAAACAAUAUAAACAAAUCCGUUCCUAUAUGUUUUUCGGAACUGAAGUUCAACUACAGGGUUGGGCUAUGGAUGUUUACGUCGUCAGAGAUAUAUACAACGAUAAAAACUUUUGACAAUUCCUUAAGAUCAAUGGCUUGUCAAAUCCUGGAAGUUUUUUCUUGUUCAAGUAAAAUUUGAACACAAUUAAAUGGUCACGGAAGCAUUAAU